GACCGCAUACCAGAUCCACAACCUUCCGAUGAACCAGAAUCUCUCUCGCGAAGAUGCUGCGGACCUCGUGCGUACCUGGUACGUGGGUUUCCUGCUUGCAGGCAACUUCUCUGCGGACUCCCCCGAGGAGGUCCAUGCCAAGAAGGCCAUUUUUGCAAGGAAGUACUCAGAUUGGUCUGAUGCUGAUAACUGGCUUAUGAAGCUGGAGGAGCAGCACUACAAAGGCUCGCCAGUCCCAUCCUACGACUCCACGCUGCGCCUGGUGCAGGGCAUCGGCGAGACGUAUUUCCAUUUCAACGACGGCGAAUGCCGCGCGCUGAAGACGACCCUUCGCGACAUGGAAGGCAAGAAAGCAGGUCGUGUGCGUCUCUCUACCUUCUACAAGAAGUCGCUAUACAGCCACUGGCGCUUCACCGAGAAGGCCGACUAUCUGCGAACUCUGGGUGCCCUGGAUGACUCCGAUGAGAAGCAGCCACAGGUCAUCAUCGCCAACUACAUGAUGGCGCGUCCGAACUGCUUGGAAUCGUCGGGUUUGUAUGCGAUUUGUUGCCGGAACGAAU